CUGCUGCGGGCAGGGGGGCGGGUGCCUCCACACCACGUCCUGCCCUGGUCCUCCUACCGCAGAGCCCCAUUCCCUCCUCUGUGACCCUCCACGCUGGCAGCAGAGCAGCCAUGGCCGAGGAGCAGACCGACCUGGAGGAGAGGAUCAUCAUCAAGGACCAGCACACCAAGGAGAUCGACCUGGUGAACAGAGACCCGAAGCACAUAAACGAGGACGUUGUAAAGGUGGAUUUUGAGGAUGUGAUAGCUGAGCCUGUGGGAACAUACAGCUUUGACGGCGUCUGGAAAGCCAGCUACACCACCUUCACCGUCAGCAAGUACUGGUGCUACCGGCUGCUCUCUGCCAUCCUGGGCAUCCCCCUGGCCGUCAUCUGGGGCUUCCUUUUUGCCCUCAUCUCGUUCUGCCACAUCUGGGCAGUGGUGCCCUGCAUCAAGAGCUACCUGAUAGAGAUCCAGUGCGUCAGCCGAAUCUACUCCCUGUGCAUCCACACUUUCUGCGACCCAUUCUUUGAGGCACUCUCCAAGAUCUGCAGCAACAUCAGAGUUGCUCUCCGGAAGGAGAUCUAGGUCCCUACAGCUGCAGUACCCAGCCCCUUGCACAUCCACCCUUCUACACAGAAUUCCCUGGCUCCUGCAGUGUGCCCUGCCCUCAGGCACGUGGACAUCCAUGCACAGGGACCUGCACAGUGCUGCCAGGCCCUGCAGCAGAACUGGAAGUGAGGGAUGCUCUCUGCAUUCAGAAGCAUGCUGGGCUGCCCAUUGCUCUAUCCUAGAGCCAGCAGUUUUAGGAGAAGAGAAGCCCAAUAAGGCUCAGUGAGAGCCCUCGGCCCUCCAGGACCCCCUGCAUUGCACCCUGCUCCCAUGGGAAGGACAGCAGCAUCUCCUGGACCACAGCCCCGGGCUGCAACAAUAAGCUAUGGUGCAGAGAUGCUGAUGGACAACAGACCAAACCCUGCCUGCUUCUCCAUCCCUUUGGUCUAGCACGACACUGAGAGAAAUACUUGCAUAUGGAUUAUUAUUUGCUGCAAAUAAUUGCUGUUGUGGAAGCUUCUGUAUUAAGUCAUGGUGCACAAAAGUUUUAUGGAUAGAAUAGUGAAAACAAACCUUCUUUUUUCAUGUGUGCUCGCAUUUCAGCAAAGCUUUGAAAUCAGAUCGAUUAGUGCAUGAAAUGUUGUGUCUCCCUCCUGGGAGCAUGUGCCUGGGCCACCGGCAAUGGCAAAACCAUUUGUGGCAGUUUGAUGCUCACAACUUAAUCUGAGGGAAUCGCUAUGCUCUGCAGUAGGAUGUUGAACUAUGUGGGCAGCACUGGGGCUGCAGAGGGGGCAGCCAGGCAGCACCGUGGGGAGCAACGAGAACAAGUGGCCCUUGGUAACUUAGCUUGAGACACGACAAGUUUGGCUUCAAGCUUUAGCUUGGUUCUCAGCUAAAGCAGACGUGCUUACUUUGAUGCUGGGUCAGCUCUAGCCUGCAGCAGUGUGUGUAUAUCUGACACAGCAAAGGCAGCAGAGGAAGGAGCCUCCUCCAGGACAUUGCCUGCACCCAGCUGCUCUGGCUCAGUGAAAACACAGGGAUGAGGGGGAAAAAGUCCAAUUUGGAGCUAUGUCCUCCCCUGUCAAUUAAUCUGUUUAGUCCAUUGUCCAUGAACGGUACUUUAACUCUGAGGCACUCAAAUCCUUCUUUGGCUCUGGCCUUAAGUGCUUUGCUGAAUCAGGGCCCAGGAGGUCCCGUUCUUCAGAGGUUAUUCUCAAUUGUAUUCAUGUGCUUUUUUCCCUUGGCUUCCAACAAAGACUUGGAGCCAAAGUCUCUUCUAGGGCCAUGCCAAGGACAAGGAAGAGCCAGAUUUUCUUCUGAUGCUCAUCCAAUGGCUUGGGAUUGUGGACUGCGUUAUUCCAUAGCAAUAUAGCACCCAUGGUCUAGCAACACCGGGCCUCAAGAGGGAUGGAGUGAUUUAAGAUAUUUGUAUGGAGAAAAAGGUCUCUAAAACCACUUUUAUCAUGAGCAUUUUUUAAAGCUUUUUUUGUGGGAAUAAAAGAAUUAAAAACAA